AUGAAAUAAACUUAUGCAGUAGAUGAAACAAAGGGGUUCGUUUUUAUGAGUCUUUCUGAGAAUAUUGGCCAAAUUGUUAAAGUUUCCAAUAACUUUGAAAAAAUAGUAAAAAUAUUAAAUAAUAAGCAAGCCAUUGGUAAAAAUAUUAACUUUCUCUAACCUAGUGUAAUAUCUAAAUGUCAUGAUUAAAUUUUGUAAAGUUUUCUAAAUAAAAGAAAUAAAAUCAACAAAACUGCCCAUCUUUAUCCUGUUAUCGGAAUUGAUAAAGAUUACUGGGCUAUACCAUAUGAUAUAAAACUUCAACCAUGCUAAUUAGAAAACUAUAAUUUUGGUAUUUGUGCAUAAAUUAGUUAGAUAAAUGACAAUAAAAUGUACAUUUUAGUUGAUAAGAAAUAAAAUUUUUAAAUAUCUACCAUUUCAUGCCAAUUUUAUUCAUAAAUCUUAUCUGAAUCAAUACCAAAAUAAAAUAUUUCUUAGAUAAGCCUUAGUUCUCUUAUUCCUUGCUUCCCUGCUAUAUUUCAUGUAUACCAAUAAA